CAGAAGUUCUUCAAAGAUCCCAACUAAACCUUACGCCUAUACAUCUCUGUUUAAUUCACGUUCUCUAAGUCAUGGCUAAGGUUCCUAAAAUAUCUUCUCUUCUUCUCAGGCGAUCGUAUAAGGCUGCAGCUGAGAGCGUAACAGGGCAGAAGGCGGCAGCGACAACGUUGAGGACAACAACAGAAUCCGGCGGUAGAACUGUCAAUAAUAGUGCAGCAAAGUAUGAUGGUGAACAUAAGCAAGCUUUUUGGAUGCAAGACCCAAAGACGGGGAACUGGAUUCCGGAGACUCACUUUGGAGAGGUUGACGCUGCAGAACAGAGGGAGAAGCUCCUCCGUAAUCCCAAUAACAAAAACAAACUUUAAAGAUGUGGCCUGUUAUGCUAUGCAGCCAUGGCAUAUACAUAUUGCUGGACUUUACUUGGAAAAUAAGUUACAAGUUUAUAUAUUUGUUCUCUGUUUCUUCAGCGUGACCGCCAAUUUCAUCAUCAUCAGAUGACUAUACAUAUAACCCUCUUUUCUAUUGCUUUCAAAUGUUCAAUAGAGUGUUCCUAUUUUCUAAAUAUCUAUUCCUAUU